AUGCAAGGAUAUGAGGAAGAGCUCCUCAGGUGUCAAAACCCCAGGUGCAAAGGCCCUGCGACAGCAGCAUUUGGCAUGUUACAGGGGAAGAGGAAUGCCAGCGUGGCUGGAAGGGGAGAAUUCCUGAGUUUUGCUGAUGACUUACUCUCUGGCCUGGGCACGUCUUGUGUGGCAGCUGGUCGAAGCCAUGGAGAGGCCCCUGAAGUCAGUAUCUACUCAGUCAUCUUCAAGUGUCUGGAACCUGACGGUCUCUACAAGUUCACUCUGUAUGCUGUGGAUACACGGGGGAGGCACUCAGAGCUCAGCACGGUGACCCUGAGGACAGCCUGUCCAUUGGUGGAUGACAACAAGGCAGAAGAGAUAGCUGACAAGAUCUACAACCUGUACAAUGGGUACACAAGUGGAAAGGAGCAGCAGACUGCCUACAACACGCUGAUGGAAGUCUCAGCUUCGAUGCUGUUCCGAGUCCAGCACCACUACAACUCUCACUAUGAGAAGUUCGGCGACUUCGUCUGGAGGAGUGAGGAUGAGCUGGGGCCCAGAGAAUUGCAUGACUUCCUGAAAUCAUUAGGCAGGAUUUCCAACCACUGCUCUAGCCUCCUGCGAAGCGCCUACAUCCAGAGCCGCGUGGACACCGUGCCCUACCUUUUCUGCCGCAGCGAAGAGGUCCGACCUGCAGGCAUGGUGUGGUACAGCAUCCUCAAGGACACCAAAAUCACGUGCGAGGAGAAGAUGGUGUCCAUGGCCCGAAACAUGUACGGAGAGUCCAAGGGCCGGUGAGAGAGAGUACUGCCCUCCAUGAGUGCAGGGACUCUCCAGGGGAGAAGGAGCAGUACUCUUAUGGAUCCUGGGGCCUGGGGGGCUGGGGGACAGCUGAGGAUGGGCCUGGCAGAUGGAGCUUGCCAGCAGGGCCAAAGCAAACUGUUUCUCCUGUGCAUAGCAGAAAGAGAACUUUGUAACCAAUGGAAUUAUUCAUUUUUCUCUAUCUUUUAUUUUUUCUAAGAUAUUAUUUGACUCUAUCAAAAGUCUCUCCUUUUAAAACCUUUUCUUAUGGAUGGCAGUCAAUCCCAAGGCAGGAGCUUUUGGGUGGAGACCAAGCGGCCUUUCCUGUUCUUUGUGCCUCCUGCUGCACUCAGCUUCCUUCCUGCCAUGGACCCCUGGAGGAGACCUCUGGAGAGACAGUUUGACCCCUUCAGCAUCAGGAAGGAAGACCCGAGGAUUGCUGCAGCGAGGAAGCUUGGGUCUUUAAGGACUUCUCUCUCUUUUUCUUAAUUUUUUUUCCAGUCGUUAUUGCGAUUGCAGGACCCCUGCCUCUUCCUGCUACCUGUGGGUCUGUGCAGAGUCUCUGCAGGACUUUCCAUGCAUUAAAAAUUCCUAUUGUCUCUC